UACCGUUGUCUUUUUUCCCUUGUUUCUUUUACAACCAGAACCGACCGUUCUUUAAUAGCAUUUCGCAGGCAGCCGGGUCUGCCUUCAUACUCCGAAUCACAUCGAUACGAGCAUUGGGCCGCCAACCUCCUAGGACAGAUUGCAUCCAGUGCAUCUCGGAUACGAUACAAAACGAAUCCGAACCGCCAUUGCGGUUGGGAAACCGCAUCCCAUCAAGUAGUGGUUGAGGCCUGCCUGUCCGAUGGCUUCGAGAAGAAUGGCCAACUCUUUGGCACCCGACGACCAGGUCGCGGCCGUGACCGCCAGCGACCUGUACGAUCCCUUUCUGAGCCCACCGGGGCAAAACAACCAGCGACAUUCCACUUUCGACUCCCAACUCUUUUCGCUCGGCCCCGAGGCCUCCGCCGAGCAAGUCAAACGAGCUCUCAAGGCUCACCUUCAAGACACGGAGCGAAGAAUGGAGGAGGCUGGCAAAUUGGGCACCGCUUUGGUACAACAACAACGAGAACUUGCCGAGCGACUACGAGAGGUGGAACAGCUACAGUCCGAAACCGAGAUAGACCCCGAUUUGCGCCAGAAGCUGGCUGAGAUCGAGAGGGAGUACAACGAGGUUGCCAGAGAAAGCGCGCGUGCUUUCCUGCCCAAACAGCGAGUUCCUAGUAAUGAUCCAGCUCAGGCUUCUCCGUCUCCUUUCUCACCAGAAGAGAGAGGCUCAAGGCAUCGCUCUGCCAGUCCGUCCAAAUUCGAGAGUCUUGCCUCAGCAUCUCCUUCCAAACUCAGUAUACCGAAUCGAAGAUCACGUAAUCAACCCGCGAAUCGCAUCCACGAUAUCGAAUUUGCUGCCGAAAUCAGCACAUCCUUGAUCGCUCAGGUCCGGAACCUGCAAGCUCUGCUUGCCGAAAAGGAAGGAGAGCUCAAGAAUCUCAAGGUCGAGCAAACCCAGUUAGAACUCGAGGCAGAAGGACUCCAACAACGCAUGCGGGCUUUGGAUGAAAGUGAGAGCCGAUAUAAGGAUGAAAAUUGGAACCUUGAGACGCAGAUCCAUGAACUUUUGGCUGCACAACGGGAGGGUGCGGAUCGCGAGAAAAAGCUUCAACAAACGCUCAACAUCGUCCAAGCCGAAAAGAACACGACUCAACGAGAGCUUGAGGAGCUCAAGCAUAAUCAAUCCAAGCAAGAUGAGAAGCAUGCUGCUACCAUCAAGAGCCUCGAAAUUGAGUUGGGCACCAGCCGACGAAACGCUGCUCUAGCAGAGAGUGAGCGCUUGGCGAUGCAAAAGAAGGUCGACGAGUUGACUCAACAAAACCAAGAGCUUGCGAGAGCAUUCGCCCAAGAGCGCGGACGAGCAUUGGAGCGCGAAUCUCGUCAUGGCAGCAGCGACGAUGACUACCAGAUGGCGGCUGAUGCCGGCACACCAGAGCAUUCACCACCACCGUCGCCGGUCAAACUAACCCCCAGACACUCGGGACUCGAGUCUGAAACCUUGAAGACCUCUCUCGCCCAUGCCCAUCGCACAAUUCAGACCCUCAGGACCAACAUUCAUCGCGAGAAGACCGAAAAGCUCGAACUGAAGCGCAUGCUUCAGGACGCCCGUGAUGAGGUUGAGAAGCUGAGGACCGGACCUGAUGGCCCACCUCACGGUCGCAAGACUCGCAAGAUGGAGUCCAGGGAAUUCAAGAAGCCGAGACUUGGUCAGCUGGGCCUUAACCGCUCGACCAAGACCGAGGUACUGCCUGUUGCGCCCCCUAGCCCAGAGGAUCCGGAGUGGGAGGACCAGAGCGAAGCUCCAUCCCCUCGUACUAAGGCAAUCACCGGCCCGAACCUGCGUCCCGUUCGCAGUUUCAUCCCUAUUGCGGAAUCUAGUAGCGACCAUUUCGAAACAGCGAACGAAACUAGCGAUGCGGCCUUCGAGACCGCAGCAGAGCGUGCCACGGAAACAGCAGACUUCCAGACCGGGGCCGAAGAAUUCUCGGAUGACGACUCCGACGCGCAAACAGAGACUGAAGCUUCCACCGGUGCUGGCCGGCUUAAGCGCCCUUCAAUGACGCCUUUGGGUGAUCUGAUCCACCGGUACUCCUUUGACAGUACCGCUUCGACGUCAGCAGACGAUGAAUAUCCCGCCUCCAAUGAUCCUCGGAUGAUGACCCCAUCAGCCCAGCCAGCCCAGAGGUUGCGGAGGGGCAUCAGCCGUGCUACUCUUGCUUCCAACAGACGGUCACGACAGCCUAGUGUCGAUCCAGGCAUGCAUAGCAGCCCUGCAAGCUUCUUCAACAACACAUCCGAGUCCCCGCAACAAGGUCAAAGCUUGUUUGCCGAGCUUAAUGAGUUUGGUAGCGAUGAUGAAUCAUCCGUGGGCGCCGCUACGCCAGGUCGAAGAAGCAUCCGCUCCGUUGCUAGCCAGAACCGCCCAGUUACGCCGCCCCCCAGAGUCCCACGCCUGCCAAGGGCUGUGAUGGUUGAUAGCGGAAUGGUGACCGACCCAGUUGAUUUCAGAUCUUUGGCCACCACCCCUGGUACACCUUCAUCGACGGCGUCCGCCCAAGAAGGCAACAUAACUGCCAUUAAUAUCAAGCGUCCUAUUUCCAUGGAAUCGGUUGUUGGACCUAACGGGUCACCUGCUUCCACUCGAAUGCUCGGGGACGAACUGAGACGGGCAGUUUCCUCACAACCCGUACCGGCCGUAUCCUAUAGCGAUGCCGGCGUGCAACACGACAUUGAACCCACCGCCGUGCAGUCGCUGAGCAUUUCUGCUGUUCAGUCCGAGGAUAUUGAGCCAACGCCUGUACUACUGAAUGUGACCUCGAUCGUUUCGACGAACAUCGAGCCUGUCUUGGAACCUGUUCCUGAACCGGCACCGCUUACAAUGUCAAGCCUCGUUUCAGAGGAUGUUGAACCUGUACAGGAGCCGGAGCCUGAACCAGUUCCCCUUAGUCUUUCAGGCCUCGUUGCCGAGGAUAUUGUGCCUGUUUCGGAACCCGAACCUGAGCCCGUGCCCCUCGCCUUUUCCAAGCUCGUUUCUGAGCAAGUUGAACCUGUCUUGGAACCUGUGCCGGAACCAGCACCGCUCACCUUCUCGCAAUGUGUCUCUGAACACAUUGAACCUGUUCUGGAACCUGUUCCCGAACCAGCGCCUCUGACUGUCGCGUCUUUCAUCUCAGAGCACAUUGAGCCGGUCUUCGAGCCAGAGCCACCGGCACCUGAGCCGAUUCCCCUCAGUGUAUCGGGCCUUGUUUCUGAACAAGUUGAGCCUCGCGCUGAUCCAGAGCCCGAGGUCCUCCCGCCGCCAACACUCAGCAUACCAACCGUCCUUGCCCAGGACAUUGAGCCGGAGGCGACUGUGUCACCACCUAUUGACCUUGCCUUUUCGCAUGUUCUCUCGGAACACGUCGAACCGGUUGAAGUACCAGUGGAAGCACCUACUGUCGUCACUGUAGUGGAGGCACCAAAGGAACUCAAGGAGAAGGCUCUGCCUGUCGCCCUCGGCUUCUCGUCGAUUGUAUCGGAGGAUGUGGAACCACAAGCGGAGCCUACGCCGUUGCCGGCGCCGUUGUCACUCUCGCCUAUCAAGGCAGAAGUGCUGGAGCCCCGUCAGGAACCAGAAGAACCUUCACCGGCUCUUGCUGUUUCAUCUAUCCGGUCACACGACUUCGAGCCCGUUGAGCUCCCGCCUGUUCCCUUGCCAGCAUUGUCGGUAUCUUCAGUCCAGGCAAGCGAUAUCGAGCCCGUUGAGGAAGCACCCGCUCCUUUGCCGGCGCUGUCGAUCUCCUCGCUCCAAACGAACGAUAUUGAGCCUAUCGAGGAACCGGUUGCUCCCUUGCCAGCGCUGUCAGUCUCCUCAGUCCAAGCGAGUGACAUCGAGCCUGUUGAAGAACCGCCUGCUCCCCUGCCGCCACUGUCUAUUUCUUCAGUCCAGGCGAGUGACAUCCAACCUGUCGAGCUGCCAGCUACUCCCUUGCCGCCGCUCUCCAUUUCGUCGGUUCAGGCGAGCGAUAUCGAGCCAGUUGAGCUACCUAUCGCUCCUCUGCCGCCGCUCUCCAUUUCGUCAGUUCAGGCGAGCGAUAUCGAGCCAGUUGAGCUACCUAUCACUCCUCUGCCGGCGCUAUCACUCUCGUCAGUUCAGGCGAGCGAUAUCGAGCCAGUUGAGCUACCUAUCGCUCUUCUGCCGGCGCUAUCACUCUCGUCGGUACAGGCCAAUGACAUUGAGCCCGAGGAAAGGCCAUUGACACCACCCCCUGCUAUGUCCGUUUCUAAAAUCCAACUAUUGGAUGUUGAACCAGAAGAAGUUCCCGUUACUCUGCCGCCUACUCUCUCUGUUUCAGAGAUACUGGCCCAAGAGGUCGAGCCUCUCGCUCUGGAGCCUGCUCUCAGCCUUCCUCCAUCACUGGCUUUUGCUGACUGGCAGUCACUGGGUAUCGAGCCUCCCCUGAAUCGCAGUCCGAAGAGAAAUGCUUUCAUCAUACCCAAUGACCCAGAAACCGACGCAUCUGUUGAGGGAGACCUCCCACGGUCUACUCCCGAGCAGCAGGCCGACUCACAGCAGAAGCCACCAUUGCCUACUGUGGACCAGGAAGUGCAAACAGCAUUGACCUCGGAGGCUAUUGACAUGCUUUUGAUGUCAGAAGCUCACCAGUCCCAUGCUCGUGAACUUGAGAGGACAGACUCGUCUUUGAGUACCGGCACUAUUAGGAGGCACCGGAGUUUCCAGGAGAUCCCUGAAAGCAUCGCUUCUUCAAAGGGCAAGAUGGCGGAUACCGGUACUGCUGUUAGCGAAGGAACAACAGCCUUUAGGAGACCAAAUAGCUCUGCUAGUAGCAGGGCUUUUGUAACCGAUGUUCCACCCCUACCUCCUAACCACAAGGAGGCUAUCGAAGCUGCCAGAACUGGCUCCUCAAGUGGCAAUCAACCAAUGACUGGUCUCAUGGGGCCGCCGUUAUUCUCGGCCUCUGCGCUCAGGAAUCAAAAUCAGGGAUUGCGACCACAAACUCCCAGUGGCAACACACGCCCUAUGUCUCCCAUGUCUUACGUGUCUGGUCGUGGCACGCCCACACCCCGUGCCAUGGACAGAACUGGUUCAGCACAUGGAACUAUGGCUUCUGGUGUUCACUCACCGUCUCGCUUGACGCAGCAUAGCCGCAAGUCAUCGGUUUCCUCUUUUGUUUCCGAGAUGGACACGCGGUUCCAGAUGCAACAAAACGGCGGCUUCGAUCCGCAUGGGUUCGGCGCGGGUACGGACCCUCGCAUGAUCCAGGCUAUCACCCAGACCAUGAUCGGUGAAUAUCUGUGGAAGUAUACUCGCAAGGCUGGCCGUGGAGAGAUGUCCGACAACCGGCAUCGCAGGUACUUCUGGGUUCAUCCUUACACGCGUACCUUGUAUUGGAGUGACCGUGACCCGACAGCCGCGGGUCGCAGCGAGUUGAGAGCGAAGAGCGUUCCCAUCGAGGCUGUACGAGUCGUCGCGGAUGAUAAUCCUAUGCCUCCUGGUCUGCACCGCAAGAGUUUGGUGAUCAUCUCACCCGGCAGGACUGUCAAAUUUACCUGUACAACGGGCCAGCGGCACGAAACAUGGUUCAAUGCACUCUCUUAUCUGCUCCUUCGGACCAACGAACAUGGCCACGCAGACGCGGAGGAAAUAGCCGGGCAUAUCACGAGAGAUGACAUCAACGAUUUCAACCCUCAAUACUCGAGACAGGCGCCAAGCGGCUCCCGUGGCGCACCUUCGCUGUCGUCCUACAACUCCAGAUCGCUCCGUGUCGACUCGCCGGCCCUCGAUAUGUCGAUGAACAUUCCAACCCUCACGCCCAACAGGCAAAGCGCCCAGAAUCGCCCCUCAGUCGGCACUCUCAGUCGGAUCAGUGGCUAUUGGAAGGAUAGCAAAUUUGGCAGUAUAAGAGGCAGCAGGAGUGUUUCUGGUCGGGACACGCCCCACGGCAUCUACGAACAGAGCGAAGUCGAGGACAGCGCUGAGGAUGUGAGACAAAUGAUUGAACAGCAAGAUCGAGAAGCCGACCGGCUUGAGAACGUCAGAGCUUGUUGUGAUGGGAAACAUGAUGUUGGCACGUUGACUAGUGGUUCUAAGCGCGGCCACAAUCACCAUUCCCACCAUCACCACACGCACAGAGGAUCUUCGAGGGGACCUUCAAGAGGACCUAGUACUACACCAUCACGGGCUGGAACCCUACGAUCUGCGGCAUGAACAGUUUUGCAAACUCCAGUUUCGUCGGAUAGUCUUUAACUGAAGGGUUACCGUUACCAAAUCACAUAUCAGAUUGCCACUUUG